CCUUGCUACAGGCUCCUUCCUGUUGUACUUCUAAAACUUCUUUAGCCCCUGCCCUUCACUGAGAGAAGCCCAGGUGAUGGCAGCCAUGCCCCUGAAGGCCUGUUACCAGGAAGUGGUGACCUUUGAGGACAUGGCUAUCUACUUCACCUGGACAGAAUGGGCUGGCCUGUCUCCUGCACAGAGGACCCUGUAUAGGGAAGUGAUGCUGACAAAUUAUGGGAACUUAACUUCCCUGGGAUACCCUGUUUGCAGACCUGCCCUGAUCUCACUCCUGGAGGGAGGGGAUUUGCCUUGGGGCCUGGAGCCACAGAAUGAUCCACCUGCAGAAACUAUGAAGUCACAAGCUAAUAGGGACAUGGAGACCAACUUUGACAGUGAGUCCACAUCAACACAGGAAGAAGGAAAUGUGAUGAUAACAUGUGGGCUGCUACAGAGUAUUUCUUGGGAGAGUGACUUUCCAGAAACAUGUGAAGUGGAGAAACACCAGGAAAUUCCCACAAUGGAAAACAUUAAAAGAAAGGAUGAGAGAAUCUUCUGUGUAGAAAAACCCUUCAGAUGUGAGGAGUGUGGGAGAUGCUUCAGCUUUUUUUCUUACUAUGUUAAACACCAGAGAAUCCACACUGAGGAGAAACCCUACCCCUGUGAGGAGAGUGGGACCUCCUUUAACGGCAGUUCUUCAUUAAUUCGGCACCAGAGAAUCCACACUGGAGAGAAACGCUAUCGGUGUGAGGAAUGCGGGCAAGCCUUCAAUAAUAGUGCUAAUCUAAUUAGGCACCAGAGAAUCCACAGUGGGGACAGACCUUAUCUCUGCAAGGAGUGUGGAAAUGGCUUCUCCAGUAGUUCUGAGUUGGUUAUACACCAGAGAAUCCACACUGGGGAGAAACCUUAUGAGUGUAAUGAAUGUGGAAAAGCUUUCGCUGUUAAGUCAACAAAGUUGACUAAUCUAAUUAGGCACCAGAGAAUCCACAGUGGAGAGAAGCCAUAUGAGUGUCUCACGUGUGGGAAAACCUUUAGGAGUCCCUUCCAGCUACAUCAUCCUGAGUAUGCCCACCCUAGGCAGAAACCUGUCCUGGACCUUGGUUCCUUUGGCCUUCCUGCAUUUUUUACCCCCUUUCCGUGGUAA